AUUCAUAUUUUCUUCGUUGAGAGAAACAUAUACAAAAGAAAGUGAUUAAAGAAAAGAAAACUGAAGGAAAAAAACUAAAGCAGCAGAGGAAGAUUUAAACAUCUUUGCAGAUUUUUGAGAAUGCCUUUCAAGAAGCCUCAUCACACCUCAGAUCCUAAUUACAUAGUGCAGGUUGAUGACCGCGGGUACAUUAUACAACCUAGAGGACUGAACAUAGUGUGGGGAAAUGAUUCUCGAUACUGGAGAAUACCAGACCAAGGUGCUGCGGAGCUGAUCCAAGUUUCAUGGUUGGAGGUAUCUGGUAAAGUAGCUAUAUCGAAGGAAGGGAAUUACAGUAUUAAAUUUUCUGUGAAUGUUAAAGCGGAUGGGUUCGGUUGGGAUGGGACGGAAGUGCUAGUGAUGGCUAAAGUCGGGAAAACGGGAAGAUAUACAUAUCAGGUGGCCAAGCUAACUCCUGGUAGGCGACUAACCAUUCCAAUCCAACAACUUAAAAUUCCCGUGAGCGCCUCAGACGCAGCGCCAAAGGACCUUUAUUUUGGAUUAUAUGAAGUGUGGAGCGGAAAAUGGAAGGGAGGCCUUGAAAUUGAGAGCGCAGAGGUCUUACGUGAGUCGUGAGUGAGAAUUUGACUAUUCUGGAAUUAUGGUUUGGUUUGUGUUUAUAUGUAUGUGCUGAGACAAUUGCAAGUGUCAUUAGAAUAACGGUAUGCUCUGCCCAUGCCGAGGGAUUGGAAAAGGGGAAAAGUUUAGAAAUAAAAUGUUCACCGUAUUUGCAUAAACUAUUUAUAUUCGUAUGCAUGGCCUAGCCCAAGUUUAUUAGCUUACCAUGAUCAAUUUUAUUCGUAGUAACUUUGGACGACUAAUAGACCUUCACGGUUUU